ACUGAGAGAGGUAAAUGCUAAAAUGUAUUACACGCGGUCACAUAAUUCCAAAACAAUGACUAUAUAUAGAGGUUGCAACAGAAUGGAGGAAUGAGAGAAUAUCGCCGAUUAGGACUAUUGAUUGAUCAUAUAGGUCGGUCGAUAUGAAGAAACACUACUUUUACUUGUUCCCUCUUGCAGUACCUGUUUUGCUGCACCAUCUAAUGAUGACCGGCUGCACAGCCAUGAAAAGAUUAAGUUUAGGCACUGAUCAAUCUGCUCUUUUAGCCCUGAACGCCCGUAUCACUUCAGAACAGCAUGAAUUCUUGCCAAAAAACUGGUCUUCUGCAGCUGCUGCAUCCUCUGUCUGUGACUGGAUAGGAGUCCAGUGCGGCUCUCGACACCAAAGAGUGACUGCUUUAAAUAUUUCAAACAUGGGACUCACCGGCACAAUACCUUCGGAUUUGGGAAACCUCUCCUUUCUUGUUUCUCUUGAUCUGAGAAAUAACUCCUUCCACGGAAAUCUGCCCGAAGAGUUGUCACACCUGCGCCGCCUGAGGUUCGUCAGGUUAACCACUAACAACUUCACUGGAGAGAUUCCAAUGUGGUUUGGUCACUUCCCAGAACUCCAGUUCUUGUUUCUGGACAGCAAUGGCUUUAGUGGUUUUAUUCGUCCUCCUAUCUCUAACUUAUCAAAACUGGAAACCUUAAAUCUAAGAGACAAUUUCCUGGGAGGUAAUAUUCCAGAAAAGAUGGGAAAUCUUUCGGUCCUCAGAGAGCUGUAUCUAUCUGGGGAUGACUUAGUUGGUCAGAUACCAUUGAGUUUAUGCAAGUUUUCUCAUCUUCAGGUGCUAGACUUGUCUAACAACAGGUUUAGCGGGCACAUACCUAAAGAAAUUGGAAAUCUGGAGAAGCUUACGUAUUUAUCCCUCAUGAAUAACAACUUCACAGGUACGAUUCCACGAGAGAUAAGCAAUCUGCAAAACCUGCAGGGGCUCAAUCUGGAAUGGAAUCAAAUCACAGGAAGCAUUCCAAAAGAAAUUGGGAAUUUGACGAUGCUUACUGAGCUCUACUUCGCCAACAACUCCUUGACAGGUACAAUACCACCAGAGAUGGGUAACCUUUACCAACUCGAGAAUCUUCAGUUACCUUAUAAUGGCUUGAAUGGCUCCAUUCCCCCUGGGCUCUUCAACCUCUCAGCAUUGCGGAAUAUUGCACUUUCAUUUAAUCUUCUAUCAGGAAAUCUUCCGCGGGAUCUAGGAUACAGACUGCCCAAGUUAUUAUUCAUGGAGCUUGCUGGGAAUAACCUUGGUGGAGUUAUACCAGUUUCCAUCACAAAUUGUUCCCAAUUAGAAAUUCUAGAAUUUUCAAUUAACCGAUUCAAUGGUUCCAUUCCUGACGCCCUCGGGCACCUUAGACUGCUGCAAUAUCUAAUUCUGCACAGCAACAAUUUAACAAGCGAUCCUACAUCUAUGGAGCUGAGCUUCAUCAGUUCAUUGACAAAAUGCAAAAACUUGGUUUAUUUAGACCUGGGCCCAAAUCCGUUAAAUGGGCUUCUUCCAGCUUCCAUUGGGAAUCUCUCUGCUACUCUACAGGAAUUGUAUAUAUAUUCUAGUGGAAUCAAGGGCACCAUACCAAGUCAAACUGGCAACUUGACCAAUUUGAUAUUGCUUGCUCUACAAUCGAAUCAGUUGACUGGAGGCAUCCCAGCAGCAUUCAAAGAUCUACAAAACAUGCAAACUUUGGGUAUGGAAGAUAAUAAUCUAAAUGGCACUUUAGAAAACCUUUGCAAUUUGCAGAGGUUGGCUUAUGUAUACCUGAGUGCGAACCGAUUUUCCGGGUCCAUACCAGGAUGCUUUGGCAAUAUGACUUCUCUUCGGAAACUUGAUCUAGGAAACAACUUUUUAGUCUCUGCCAUACCUAAUAGUUUUUGGAACCUCAAAGAUCUCUUGCAGUUGAACUUAUCCUCAAACUCCCUGAAUGGUUCCUUGCCUCUUGAAGUUGGAAAUUUGAAAGCUAUUACAUCUAUAGACGUAUCAGCGAAUCAAUUCUCCGGUGACAUUCCCAGCACAACAGGUGAUUUGCAAUACCUGUUGAUUUUAAAUUUAUCCCAAAACCAAUUUCAUGGAUCUAUCCCAGAGUCAUUUGGCAAUAUGCUCAGCUUACAAGGACUUCACUUAUCGCAUAACAAUCUUUCUGGCUUCAUACCGAAGUCAUUGGAGGCACUUCGGGACCUCAACGAGCUUGACGUUUCUUAUAACCAUUUAAGUGGUGAAAUUCUUUCUGGUGGUCACUUUAGGAACUUUACUGCUGAAUCUUUUCUGUUCAAUGAUGCAUUGUGCGGAGAUUUCAGGUUUCAUGUGCCAUCUUGCCCAAGAACUAAUUCAAUUCACAGGUCAAGAACCAAAAAGGUGCUUCUAUUUGCAUUUGCUCCUCUGGGACUCGCUUCUGUGGUUGUCGCAGCCUUAGCAAUUGUCUUCAGAAGAUAUUGGAAAAAGUAUGGAGAUUCUAAAGGGGCAAACAUGGUAUUGGUGCCAAUGCAAGAAAGAGUUUCGUACUAUGAACUUCUUCGAGCAACUGAUGGGUACAGUGAAAUCAAUUUGCUCGGCAUUGGGAGUUUUGGAUCUGUUUACAAGGGGAUUCUCAAUGAUGGGAGGUCUAUUGCUGUAAAGGUUUUCAAUUUGGAAUUGGAAGGAGUAAUCAAGAGCUUUGAUGUAGAGUGUGAAGUCCUGAAGAACCUUCGCCAUCGAAAUCUUGUGAAGGUCAUCAGCGGUUGUUGGAACCAGGAUUUUAGGGCCUUGGUGCUUGAAUACAUGUGCAAUGGAAGCCUUGAGAAAUGGCUGUAUUCUGACAACUAUUUCUUAGAUACUCUACAGAGAUUGAAUAUAAUGAUAGAUGUGGCAAGUGCAGUGCAAUAUCUCCACGAAGAAUAUUCGACGCCUGUGAUUCACUGUGAUUUGAAGCCCAGUAAUGUCUUACUUGAUGAAGGUAUGGUUGCCCAUGUCAGCGACUUUGGUAUUGCAAAAAUGCUGGAAAAGGAGGAAAACUUUGCAUGGACCAGGACCUUAGCUACAAUUGGCUACAUUGCUCCAGAGUAUGGAUCUGAGGGGUUGAUAUCAGCAAAAUGCGAUGUUUAUAGCUAUGGAAUCAUGCUGAUGGAAGUUUUUUCAAGAAGAAAGCCUAAUGAUGAGAUGCUUGCUGGAAAUUUGAACUUGAAGAGUUGGAUAUAUGAUUCUCUACCUAAUUCGAUUCUUCAAGUUAUUGAUGCUAAGUUGUUGAAGCGUGGGGAUGAAAAUUUCACGGAGAAGUUGGAGGGUUUUUCAUCCAUCAUGGAAUUGGCCUUAAAAUGUGUUUGUGAAUCUCCAAGUGAGAGAGUUAGUAUGAAAGUUACGCUGGAGACACUGAAGAAUAUCAAACUCAAAUUCUUGAGGUCGAUUAAUAGUUCGGAUUGAAUAUGUAGCAUCUAUAAUCAUCCGAAAUAUUACGAAAUAAAUGCCAAUCUGUUCACUUUAAAUAAACCAAAAGCACAUGUAAUCUUUGUUAGUUCUUCAUUGCAUCUGUUGAACGUUUAUUGUAUUUUCUGCCAUUAUUACAGAUCUGUAGGCUAUUGCUCAUCUUCAAAGGCCUACAGAGUCUACUCACCACAAAGCAACAAGGAAUUGAAAUGAAGUUGUUAUGCUGUAUGACUGCAAGUCGACAUGUAUUAUUAAAUUUUGGAAUUUCUGAAUGUGGAGGGGUCGGAAUCCUCCCUGUUCAAAAUCAA